ACUCCUUACCAGCUCCGCCCCAACGGCCACAGUCCCCCCUCAUCACGUGACACAUUUUGAAUUAGAGUUCGAAUGUCACGUGCCUCGUCUUCCUCCUCCGACUACUCCAAUUAAAUCUGGAUAUAAAAUUACAAGAAUCCUCCAAAUCCCAAAAUUAAAACCCUUUUUCUCCCUCUCCCCUCAAAUCAAAACCCCUCUCUUUAUUACUGUGUGUUCUGCGUCUAAAAAUCGGAAUCCAUGGAGGCAAUACUGACGGAGUGUGCGCAGAACAGCUUACGGCAUUUCAUGUACCGCAACGCCAUUUUCAUGUGCGAACGCCUUUGCGCUGAGUUUCCCUCUGAGACAAAUUCGCAGCUCUUAGCUGUCUGUUACUUGCAGAACAAUCAGGCUUACUCUGCAUACCACAUCUUAAAAGGAAACCAUAUGGCUCAUUCCCGGUACUUGUUUGCACAAUCAUGCUUUAAGAUGGACCUUUUAAAUGAAGCGGAAGCGGCAUUGUGCCCACCUAAUGAAUCAUCUGCAGAGAUUCCAAAUGGUGCAGCUGGGCAUUACCUUCUUGGGCUUAUUUACAGAUGCACAGAUAGAAGAAAGAGUGCCAUUUAUCACUUUAAUCAAGCUUUGUCCUUGGAUCCAUUGCUCUGGGCUGCUUAUGAGGAAUUGUGCAUAUUAGGUGCUGCUGAAGAGGCUGCUACAGUUUUUGGUGAUGCUGCUUCUCUUUGUAUCCAAAAGCAGCAUUUGCCUCAUGGAUUGGGUUCCAAAAGUAUGCAAGCAUCUGCUGAAGAUCAGGGUCUAAUCUCUAGCAGGAAUGUUGGUGCAGAAGAUUUGAGUCCAAGGCAUUUGAAAAAUAUCCAUGGCAAUAGUCAACGAGAUGCUGCUGGGAACUAUCACAGUGCACCUCAGCCUGGAGGAACUGGUAGUCAGCCUUUAAAUGGUGGUCCUACUACUUUGUCAUUCUACAGUACUCCUUCACCAAUGGCUGCGGCCUCCCAGUUGUCAGGUGUAGCUCCACCUCCUAUAUGCAGAAAUAUGCAAAUAAAUGGCCCAAAUUCUUGUGCAACUGGGGCUGAUAGUUCUCCACGAUCAACUGUGAACUCAACGAUUCAGGCCCCUCGGAGGAAAUUUGUUGAUGAAGGAAAACUAAGAAAGGUAUCAGGGAGGUUAUUUGCUGAUUCUGCCCCUCGACGGAGCAUAAGACUUGCCACUGGAGAUUCUGUGGCCAACACUAAUUCAAAUGUGUCAACAGUGUCUGGCAAUGGGACAAAUCAUUCGUCAAAAUACCUUGGUGGUUCCAAGAUUGCAACUGGAUCAGUACGUCCAGUGACAGGUCGGAAAGGACAGUCUUGGUCUAAUGAAAAUUUUGAUGAAGGGAUUAAGCAUGAUGGUUAUGAUGAUUCUCGUAAUAGUAGCACAACUUGUUCAUCCCCGUCUAGUGAAUCUAGAUCUCUGGAUCAAGAAGGGCCUACGUCUGCAGCUGGGGUUUGCCUGAGCGGCUCAAGAGUCGCAGUUGGUGCUUCGGAUUUAUUGGCGCUCUUGAGAAUACUUGGGGAAGGUUAUAGACUCUCUUGUGGAUAUAGAUGUCAGGAUGCAUUGGAUGUCUAUGUUAAACUCCCGCAGAAGCAAUAUAAUACAGGCUGGGUACUAUCCCAGGUCGGAAAAGCAUACUUUGAAAUGGUUGAUUAUGUAGAAGCAGAUCAUGCCUUCAAUCUGGCUCGUCUUGCCUCCCCCUAUAGCUUAGAAGGAAUGGAUGUUUAUUCUACAGUAUUAUAUCAUCUCAAGGAGGAUAUGAAGUUGAGUUACCUGGCUCAAGAGCUGAUAUCAACUGACCGUCUGGCUCCCCAAUCAUGGUGUGCUAUGGGAAAUUGCUAUAGCUUGCAGAAAGACCAUGAAACGGCACUCAAAAAUUUCCAGCGUGCAGUGCAGCUAGAUUCAAGAUUUGCAUAUGCCCACACCCUUUGUGGUCAUGAAUAUGUGGCCCUUGAGGAUUUUGAGAAUGGUAUAAAGAGCUAUCAGAGUGCUCUUCGUGUUGACACCCGACAUUACAAUGCCUGGUAUGGUCUUGGAAUGGUCUACCUUCGGCAAGAGAAGUUUGAGUUUUCAGAGCAUCACUUCCGAAUGGCAUUUCAAAUAAAUCCACGUUCUUCUGUUAUAAUGUCAUAUCUUGGGACAGCUCUACAUGCGUUGAAGAGAAAUAAGGAAGCAUUGGAGAUUAUGGAGAAAGCUAUUAUGGCAGAUAAGAAGAAUCCUCUCCCACUUUAUCAGAAGGCUAAUAUUCUUGUGACCGUGGAGAAUUUCGAUGGGGCUUUGGAAGUCUUGGAGGAGCUUAAGGAGUAUGCGCCGCGGGAGAGCAGCGUGUAUGCACUGAUGGGUAGGAUCUACAAAAGGCGUGAUAUGUACGACAAGGCCAUGCUACAUUUUGGACUCGCUUUGGAUAUGAAACCAUCUGCAACUGAUGUUGCUACCAUUAAGGCUGCCAUUGAAAAAUUGCAUGUACCGGAUGAAAUAGAAGAUAACUUAUGAGUAAUGAAACAUGAGACUCCAAAGAGAGACGAGUUUGUAAAUCAUCCCGGACUCCCUGCUAUAAGAUGAGGGGUUCGCCAUCUGCUUGUGCUGUCGAUAAUUUGUGGAAGAGAGAGAAUGAUUUGAUCCUUUGGACAAAUUCCUGCAGCAAGCUCUUCCAGUUAAGGAAACCCUGUAACUCAGUUUUGUAGGCUUUUCGCAUUACAGAGGAGGGAGCAAUGUGACAUUUGUUGCAUCAAGUCUCCUUCUUGCCUGUAUUAGAACAAAAUUGCCCACUGCCAAACCGGCUUGUAUCAGUAGCUGUACUCAUUGUACCAUUUCAAUCUAAUUCUGAAUUUUUUUCAGCACAAUAUUGUUACAAUUAGUCCUAUACUGGAAGUGGACGAGAAUGGUCCUAUCUAAUCUAUUGAGAGGUUUGAAGAAAGCUAAACAACCUUCAGUCAUGCUCUAGGGAAGGAAGCAACGCAGUUAGGGGGAUUCGACCCCCAGACCUGCGCCUAGGGAGGGACUUGGUUCAUCUUCCGGUGGUCAACUGAGAAUUCUGAACUGAUAUGACGAGGAUUUGCAUCUUGUCAAGCUUUUGUUUUUCAGAAGGAAUUAUGAUUCCAUUGUCAAUGGACAUGUUUAAAUCUUUCCAACCACUUUUCCAGUAUGAUACUGGAGAUUCUCAUCCAUAUUUUCUCUUAUAACACCAUCGUCAAUUCUGAUCUUGUAUCCCAUUGUUUUUGCAGCGCUAUUUGUGUAUUUGUUCCAAAUAAUUCUGGUGUAAAUUCAGCAAAUAUUUUCUG